CCCCACACGAUGGCCAAUGUUCUCAGACAGCAACCUCUCAUGAAGGCUCACUACAGCACAGCUACCCACCAUGCAGGACAAGCUUAGGCUCCAUGCCAUGUCCUCGGGUGCUGCCCUCCAUCAAGCCUUUUCAUGCACUGAGAACCACCUCUGCUGCACCUUCCUUUGGUCUCCCAUAUUGGCCAAACCAUCCUAUCACUGGGCCAAGCUUCUUACUCCCACUGACUAAAUUUCAACCACAGGCCACCAUGUCCCUUAAUGGUUCAUUUCAUAAAAACAACAAUAUUAUACAUAUGGAGAUCCAGCUGGCUUCCAGAAGCAGCAUGAAAAACAAUACUCAUCCACAGAGCCACAAUCAUAGAAGAGAUAAUGUAGUCAAAGUUGAAGGCUCUUCAGGUCAGUCAAAUCCCAUUAAGGCUUCCAGGACUCACAACGAGCUUCACAAAGAACUUCUACUGGCCCACAAGAGGGGUCUGGUGCUGAGCAGCAGGUCAGAACUUCAGCAGGUACUGGAGAGGAGGAAAAGGAUGCAGAGUGAACGGGAAGAGGAGGGACAGAACAGGACUCCUCUGGAUGACGUGCUGCUCAGAUGUCAGCAGAAACAACUUGAGAGGGAGAAGAAACAAGAAGAAAAGACAAGAGAGGAAGCCCACAUGAUGGAGUUUGUCAGAGUCCGACAGAACCUAAGAAAGAUCCACUCAGUUAUCCAGAGCAAGGCUGCAAACACGUGAAGUGCUACAGAAAACUGCACCCAAACUGUAAAAUAAACUCUCUUACAGCUUUUUUUAGACAGAUUCAUAAAGACUUCCAUCCAUCCAUCCAUUUUCGUAACCGGUUAUCCUCUUGAGGGU